AUGGCGUCGCUUCGGCACCGUGUUGGCGUCGCGCUCGGCGCCCUGACCCUUCUCUUCCUGCUGGUCGUGCGCGACGUGGUCGAACGUCGCGCGCUGCUGGUCCCGCUGCGGUAUUUGCAGCACCCAUUGAAUCCCGUCGUCCUGUCGCCCGACGAGCUCGACGACGAGUCGGACACGGACGACGUCGACGGAACACCGUUCCUUCCUGGCUGGAUCGAAAACUGCGUGCCGUACGACAUUGUCUCGACCGUCGACGCCGCCGGCAACGCCUCGAUCACAUGGCGCACGCACCGGAUGUACAAGAGCAGCAACGAGAACGACGACGGCUGGGUCGAGUGCGGUGCUGGAAAAGGCCACGUCCAGUUCCGGCCCGUCGGCCAAGGUCAGUUAUACUCGUCCAUUUACAGCGAAGCGGACCGCGACGCCGACGGCAACAUCACGACGCACGUCGUGUCCUUCUCCGUGCCCGACCCCGCCGCCGCGUACGAGUUUAUCGUCGGGUCGCACCACCACGGGUACUCGAGCCGGCACCGUCUCGGGCACAACGUCGACUACUCGCUCUCGCACGGCUUUGCGUGCCGCCCAACGCGGAUCCAUGCCGCGUACGGCGCGUCACCCAGCACGUUUACCAUCCAAUGGGCAACCCCACCCGAGUGCACCAACGGCCGCCACGUCCUCGUCGUGCGUGCAGACAUCGAUGACGGAGAGGCGCCACGGACCUUUGUCGCCGACUCGAUCGUGUUUGGCGCGCGGUACGAGCACGUGGCCGCGGCGGUGCAGCUCCGAAGCAACACGCGCUACGCCUACUACGUUGGCAACGAUGCGUACAGUCGGUCGAUUCUCUACUCGUUCACGACGCCGCGCGGCGUCGACGAUGCGCCGGCGCCGCUCCGACUGCUCGUGACGGGCGACAUUGGGUACCAGAACGCCGCGACGCUGCCCAUGAUGCAGUCGGAAGUCGCGCGGGGCGACAUUGACGCCGUCAUCUCGGUCGGCGACUACGCGUACAACUUGCACAGCGCGGGAGGCGUCGUCGGGGACAUCUUUAUGACCGAGAUCGAGCCGAUCGCGGCGACCGUGCCGUUCAUGGUGGCCAUGGGCAACCACGAGGUGAAGCAGCACUUCUCGCACUACACGUACCGCUUCCAGCUCAUGCCCGCGAACGCCGGCACCGUCUCGAUCCAGGGCCAGCAACUGCGGAACAACUGGUUCUACUCGUACAACGUCGGCCUCGUGCACUUCGUCGUUGUCAACACCGAAGUGUACUUUACGAGCCACGUCGACGAACCGAACGUGGAAGCGCGCCAGCGCGCCUGGCUCGACGCCGACCUCGCGACCGCCAACGCCAACCGAACGGCGGCGCCGUGGAUCAUCGUCGUCGGCCACCGCCCGCUCUACUGCACGUCCGACACCGAGUGUGACGGGCCCGCGCGAGUCCUCCGCACGGCGCUCGAGCCGCUCUUCUACAAUCACGGCGUCGACCUCUAUCUCUGCGGCCACCAGCACAACUACGAACGCAUGUUUGACAUCUACGACGGGAUCACCGAGCGCCGGACACGGAACAUGCAGGCGACGACGCACAUCCUCACGGGCGCCGCGGGCCAGAGCCGCGUCCUUCCGGUCCGCAAGCCGUUUCUGCGGACGGCCGCGCCGUGGGACGCCUUCCGCAACAACAUCUUUGGCUACGGCCGGCUCACGAUCGCCAACGCAUCGCAUUUACACUGGGCGCAAAUCGAGUGCGACCCGGCCAACCCCGCCGCGUCGCACCUCAACGGCAAGGCCGUCGACGACGUCUGGCUCGUGCAGGAGCGCCACGGCAGCUUUGCCAAUUUAACUUAA